AUGUCAGAAUAUAUAGCUUCAUUUUUAGCUAACUUUGAAUUGUUAAUUUGUCAUACAAACUGCUGUAGUAAACAAAAGUUUAAAUUUAAAAAUUAUAAUUUUUGUGGAUUUGAUAUUUUACUAAAUAAUAAAUCAGAAAAAGUAUUAAAUAAAACAAAUAAAGUAAAUAAUUUUAUAAAUAUUUAUAAAUCUAAAAAAGGUUAUAAUGUUUCUAAAUAUUAUAUGGAUGGGUGUAUUAAAAAAAAAGAUGUAAUAUUUAAUUUAGAAGGUAGCAAUUUAAAUGAAAAUAAUAAUUGUAACAUUUUUAUGAAUAACAGAGAUAAUGAUGAAUUAAAUACAGUUAUAGAUUUAGAUAAUGAGAUACUUAUAGGAAACUUUCAAUUUGAUUAUUGUAACGGUUAUGACAAACCUUUAUCAAAUAACGAAGAACAUUUUAUAAAUUGUAAUAAAAAUAAUUUAGAAAUACACAAAAUGGAUAAAAAUACAGGUAAAGCAAUUGAAAGAUUAAAAAGUAAUAUAAAUGAUAUAUAUAAAACACCAAUUAAUAAUAGAUCUCUAAAUACAAAAAAAAAUACUGAUCAAAUUUAUAAUUUUGUGAUUUCAAAAAAAAAUACAAAAAAAACAAAUACAAUAUUAAAUGAUAAAUUUACAAAUGAUAAGGAAAAUAUAUUUUCAAAUUCUACUAUAUCUACAAAAAAUAAACCUCCAUUAUCUCACCCAGAUAGUUCAUAUAAAGAUAUAGCUUCUGACACUUCGUCUGAAUUUUUUUCAGUAAUUAGCAAUAUUAAACCUCAUAUGAGAUUUGAGAAUGAUUGA